GCUAGCUGCUGCUCUGUUUAGUCGGAGUUCGUCAGAGAAAGUGUCUGCAACGGGUUCCAUCGCUUUAGUCACGUGCGAAUAAUUUCUGGUACAUUAUUGCGUGCGCUUUAAUUGUAGAUAGUUUUCAAAUAUAACGGUUGCUGGCGCCAUAUUGUCGGGGCGAAUGUUUGGAGAAUAAAUACAUAGUACAUUUCGGAAUAUACUUGUAUGCAUAAUUAGUUUGUAGAGUGAAACGAAAUAACAUUUGGUAUGCCUCAAUCGAAAUAUUGAAAUACAGAAAAUAAAAACAAAACCUAAGAAAUAAAUAGCUGAGUUCCUAUUUUUGAAGGUCAUCUUGUGACUUUACUAUCGAACGGAAGUAUACCUGCCCCCAGCCAUUUCGUUAGUUAGCCGGAAGUAAGUGAAAUUUACGCGACCUUAAGUAAAAACCAAAUCUGAACGAAAUGGAAAGCAACUUAAAAAUUUGCUUCACCGGAAUUUGCCUCAUUUUGGUGGCGCUGCACUGUCAAGCCAAUCAACCAAGGCAACUGGAAUGCUGGCACUGCAGCUCUGAAACAAUUGGAGCGGAGGACUUUUGUGAUGUCACUUUCGAUGAGGAUAACAUUCCCAAACCGGAAGUGAUGAAGGAACACAAUAUCAGCGUUUUGCGAAAUUGCAGCAGCACCACACACUCGGAGCAUGAGCGACCCGUUUGUCGUAAAACUGUUGAAGAAAUCAAUGGCAAAACGAUUACGAAACGCUUCUGCUACUACACCAACAAAUCCGAUUCACUGGAGCAUUGCAUGGAGGAGCCAACCGAGAAUAAUGUCAAGCGAAUAUUCUGUCAGGAUUGUCUCGCCGAUCAGUGCAAUGGCAGUGGGCAACAGCUGGCCACGUGGCUAAGUCAACUGUUGCCACUGGCGUUGGCCAAUGCUGUGCGCUUUUAAAAAUUGCAGAAUGAAAGGAAAGAGCAAACCUUUGACAAUUUUUGGCAAUUUUAGUUAGAAACAAACGAAAUGAUAGACACAUUUUACAUAAGAUAAUUCAGUUUUUAGAAUAUUAAAAAAAUCGUUUUGAUACUCAUAAUUUUGAAAUGUUAAUUUUAAUAUUAUUACUCUACAUAGAGCUCGGAUUCUUAGGUUAAAAAAUAAGCCUAAAAAUAUGUACCAUAAGCAAACUAUAAGCAAAGUGUAUAUAAUUUACAUAUACAUAUAUGUAGAUACAGUAAACGUCAAAAAUAUGAA